CCUGAAUCAUCAUGGCGGACAGCCGCAGAGGAACAGUUUGUUAACUGUGAUAAUGAUUUUGAGGUCAUAAGAUUACCAUCAGAAAAAUGAAAGUUCGACUAUCUCUAAGGGCUUACGCCAAAAUUCUCCUACAUACCGCUAAAUACCCACACAAAGCCGUGAACGGAGUUCUUCUUGGCGUGGAAAACCCCAAAGAUGGUGAAAUUUAUGCGCUCGAUGCUAUUCCUUUGUUUCAUAUUACCCUUGGAUUGGCGCCUAUGCUGGAAGUGGCCUUGGCGAAGGUAGGGAGAAGUUCUUUUUAUAUUCUUAAAGCGUUUUUCGACCAGUUCAUAGCCUAACAAGUCCCUAAAAUUGUUUGUGUGCCCCGAGUUCAUGGUGCCAAAUUGAUUGGGUUCCUAAAGUAAAUUUUUUAUUCUCGUGUAACCUGUAAGCUUUUGACUUUUCUGGUUAAGGUUUGGAUUAAAGAUUAAUUGCAGGUGUUGAACACACAGGAGAACUGUUGAACCUCAAAUUUCGCGAUUCAAUGUCAACCAAUUCAAUGUAAAUUCUGUUUUUUUUUCCAUCGACAUUGAACUUAAUAUUUUACACUCCUUAAUUUAAAAUGGAUUUUGGAUCAGAAAAACGUUUGCCUGUUAGAAAAGUAUUUUUUUUAGUUUCAAAAUUUCUAAAAGACAUGCUGAAGUACACUGAAUGUUAGAAUGGUAGUUAUUUUCAUAUUCAUCCAUGGAAACAGAAAUGGUGAACGCUUUGGCUAAAUACUUGGCACCUGGGCAUGGUCUUAAACAGACCAAAUUCCUGGUAGUUUGAAAUUUCAGCAAAUUUCAGAGUUCAGAUAUGUCAACUAGAAAAGAAAAAUACAUUUUGGAAUCAUUUAACAUGUCCAGGGAACUAUAGGCUACUUUUAACAGUUUUUUUUUUUUUUUUUUUUUUUUUUUUUUUAAUUGCAACACGAAGAACACUACUUUACAAAACAAGACGAACACUACUUACAAUACCACCUACAAGACGUUACUUAUUCUACUUACUAUAUAAUACUUCCUUAGACUGCAAUUCUUACCCUACUUUUUACAGUUUUUUUUUUUUCGCUUACACACCUAUGUAUCUAUUAAAUUAUAAUUCAAAAUGGGUUUCCAUUUAGCCUCUAGCAUCUUCCUAUCAUUAAACUUAGCCGCAAUGUGACAUUCAUGUUUCAUAACAGUUACAUCCAACAUAUCUGUCUACAUAUUCUCCAUACUGUUCUGUAUACACUUCUAAGGUGCUGAGAAAGAGAAAUGAAGAAUUUCUUUAUCAGUUAGUGACUAAAACAUUUGAUUCAGGGGUGAUAGCAUUAAGGGGAACUAGAUCCUAGUUACUCUUUGGGUACAAAGGUUAAAGACAUUUCAAAGAACCCUCAGAGGAAAUCAUGCAAAAUUUCUGCCUGCUAGGUGUUAAGCUCAUUUACUUUAAUCUCUGCCUACUGGGCAUGUGGCCAUUGUGUAUAACAAAAUGAUGAACUCUGUCACAUUUUGACUGUGAUACAAUUCUGAGUAGUCUUUUUAAGAAACACUCCAUUUAAGACAUUAUUCAUGUAUUGAAGUUGGUAUUGCUGUGGUAGGUGUGAACAAAUUAAUUUUCGGAGUGUUUGGUUAUCCUCUGACAGUUGCUUCCCUAGGGAACUGUUAUUCAUUGCACUAGUCAGUCAAGGUUGCAAUCAACAGUUAUUUCCAGGACUGCCUUGACCAGAAGAUGUUUUGAUAUUUGACUUAAUGAAUUGAUAAAGGAAGAAAAGAUUACAGUAAAAACACUCUUGAAAAACUUCCCAUCCUUUCAUCCUUUUGAAAGCUGUUGGUAAAGUAAUUGUAUCAUUAUUUCUCUUGUCUAGGUUGAUAUUCACUGUAAAAAGAAUGAGUUACAGAUAGUUGGUUAUUAUCAAGCUAAUGAACAUAUUAAUGACAAUAGGUGAGUUAAAUCUACCAGUAAAAACAUAAAAUUUUUAUGAGUUUUACAUUUGAAAAAGGGUUGUUGACUUGUCAAAAGUCUUUGGGUGAGAUAGGGUUAGACAAACAAAUUUUUAUGAAUUUCACAUUUAAAAAAGGAUUGUAAACUUGAAAACACUUUUGAGGAUCAGUUUUGUCAAGUGUUCAUGUGAGAUAGAGUCAGUCAAACAAUAGAUUUAGAGCUUCAGUGGGUAAGCCAUCUCUAUAAUUUUUUUUUACUCCCAUUGCUUUUCUUCUCACAAAAGAGCAAACAAAAAAGGAAAGAACAUGGACAGAGAGGGCUAGUGUGGUUGAGGUGGAAAAGUUUUUGUGUGUGUGAGAAUUUUUCUAAGCCCACUUCUUUUUCAAAACAAGUUUAUUUGCCAGACAGUUAAUUGUCAGGCAGUUUAUGAAGAGUCUUUUUUACCUUUCCAAAAAUGAGAUUUGAAAAACUUUACAAAGAUGACCUCAAUGGGAGGAAAAAAGUUAUCAUUAUGCCCUUCUUCUAUUGAUGGAUUGAAAGGAGAUACAGGUGUAUGAGUCCUUCUUGUAUGUUAUUGAGGCAGUUCCAGUUUUGCCUUGAAAUACCUUACCAAUUGAGUUUCAGAGCAAUUAUAGUCAAGGAAGGCAGUAUUCUUUGUUGUUGUUUUAUAUAUUUUUCCUGAGAGUUCACACAACAAAUACAAAUUUGUCAUUAUCUCUUCCCAGUCCUAAUGCAAUAUGCUACAAGAUUGGAGAGAAAAUAUGUGAUCAGUUUAACAAUGGUUUUAUGCUAAUGGUAAGUGGAUGUUAUUCAUGUCCAACUGAUUUUAUUUUUUGUGUCACAUUGGUGUUGAUGAUUAAUAUUUAAUUAAUAAUUAAUGAUCAAUUAAUAAGAAUUUGUGUAAGAAAUUCUUGUGUAAGGCGAUGUUUGUCAUGAUCACUGUAAUUUUGCACUUUCUUUGUAUGAUACAGAUAGAUAAUACAAAGCUGACAGUACCAUGUAAAGAAAUAGCUUGUAAGGUAAAGAUGUUCCAUACUUUGUAACAUUUGUGUGUGAUUUGCAUUGAAUUGUACUAUUCCCUGAAAGUAUGACCAAGAAAGUCAUUAAUCCAAGUCAUUGCCAAUAGUGAGGCAGUUCAAAUAAACAAUAUUCAUAUAUAAUCACACUUGUUCGUUUGUCACUUCAAGGAUUUAUUGCAAACCAACAAAAUGACCAGCUCUCAGUUGGCUUGUUGGCUCAGUUGGUAGAGCACUGCACUGUUACUGCAGAGGUCAUGGGUUCAACUCCUGUACAGGCAUGAUUUUUUUUAAGCUUUAAUUUAAUUACUGUCCAAGAAGUGUUCAUUUCUGCAAAGAUCACUCUCAUCUUCAUUUAUUUAUCUGCAGUUCAAAGUUAUGAUGUUCAAAAUCAACAAACUCACACUUUUUCAGUGUUGCUGAUGUUAGAUCUGCUAACCAUGUGCAUGGAUUGAUCUACGCAGGAAAAGUGAAGUUAAACUAUCAAUAAAAGCAAAACCUAAGAAAAGAGUUCAGACUUGAAACAACCUUCUGGAUACUAUUUUGUUGUUACUAUUAACUGAGCAACAAAAACACUUUACAGGAGUGAGGCAAAUGUUGCUUGUUUUUUUACAUGUAUGUUCCACCUUUUGUUCACAGGGUUUUAUGUCUGAACUAUUUUCCUUUUGUUUCACCCUGCAGUGUUAUGUGGUCCAAGACAAUAAAUGGAAGCAAAGUGACAAAGAUUUGUAAGUACCAUUCAACUCAGUUAGCUGCAUUCAAUAUGAUAUCAGUAUCCCUUUCUCACGUGAUUUCUAGAAGGUAAAGAUGAUGAGUUUAUUACAGAGGGUGAUGUUGCAACGUUAUGCUGUAAUGCAGUGAGUUGUUGAAUUGUCAGGGAAGCAUGAAUGAGUAGGGCUCCCAGUUCCCUAAAGCUGAACCAAGCAUGAUAAGCUUUUUAGAUAAUUUCCACUAUAGUGCUUCCUUCUGUGGGUGAAUUGAUUAUUCUCCCACAAUAUUGCUACUCUAGAGUAAGAAAUUUGGAGAGAAAGGUGGGGCAAUAUGAUGGAUAAGAGCACCAUGAAUUUUAAUUAUUAAUAGUAAAUCUAAAACAAUUUUAUUACCACCAUUAAAUGGUUCCUAAAAUAACACUGGUCCUUCUGGUUGGGAUACCAGGUCAUCACAGGUUACCCUUUUUUUAUUUCUAGUCACAGGCUACCCAAUUCUGUCCAUUCCCCUGAGUGCAGAGAAACACUAUGACAGCAAAGUCUUUCUCAAACACAAAACAAUGACCCUGGUCAGGAGUGAAUAUGAAAUUUUAAUUUGGAGUCCAGUGUACUUUCCAUUUGACUAUUGCAUCACCCAUCUAAAUACAGAUGUUCUAAAUUAAAACUCACAUCCAAAUGUACACAGCAGUGAUCACAAACAUACAUCUCAUUACUAACACCAUGAUGUUUAUUUUCCUCUUUUCCCUAAUGUAUUAACUCUGAAAAAGUGAUUGAAAGGCUGUUAGAUUUAAGCAACAGUGUAACAAAGGUCAUUACUUCCUAAACUUAACAUUUAGUACUCAACUUUUGUACAUGAUGUCAGUGGUUUGACAGUUAUGACUGUGCAAUUACACUGUUUGGAAAUUGUAUCAUUGCAGAUUACUUGAAGGUGAAGAUUCACUGCAACUCGCCACUGAACUUCUAGAAGGAAAAGUGUAUCAGAGUCUCAUAGAUUUUGACAAUCACCUUGAUGACAUCACACAAGAUUGGCUUAACAAAGAUAUCAAUAAAGUAGUUGAUAUAUCACCCACAGCUUGAAUUUAUUGCCUAGUUUUGUUGAUAUUUUCUGAAUCAAUGACAAGAGUUACUUAAGUCUCUUUAAUAUGACAGUAAUAUAUAAUCCUGAGCAGUUCUUUGUUCUUAUGUAUGUUGUUUCUCAAAAUGCAUUUUUUUAAAUUUACAUACAAACCCUACUGAAUUGAAAUAUUCUUAAUUGAUGAAGGGAAAAUUUGGUUUUAUCAACUGAGUUGAUAAUAAAAAAAGUUUCUCAGCUGGAAGUUUCAAGCAGUAGGCCUUCGGCAGAGAAUCUCAGCAUCUUUAACUCUGACAAAGGGCUCAUACGGCUGGAAAUCUCAGCAUAGAAACUCUUUUCUUUACAGUGGCUAAGUGACAUUAUCGAAACUCAGUUGAUAAAACCAAUUUAUCUUGUUAUUCCUCCACCAGUGCAACAACACAGUUUCUUUAGAAACUUGUCCCCCCUGGAGUAUUCUUAAUUGCAUAUAUAAACAGUAGUAUGUCUCUUAACUAUUUUUGAAAUCAUAUAUUGUAACUAGAAAUGUAAGUUUGUGAAAGACUUGAGGUCCUCUGGGGGGAAGUGUGAACUUUGUAGGAGUGGAAAUCAGUGUGAAGCUGAAAAUUGCUCAGAGACAAACCCAAUUUCACUGAAUUAGAAUUCCAACAACAACAGAAAAAGACAUCACAGUGAGACUCCAAGAUCAAGCUUAUAUAACCUGGUCUGUUUUAUGAAGCCUUACAGCUGUAAAUAUGUAUUUUAACAAUACUUAUGAAAACAUUUAUCUGUGGAAAAAAGUUGAACUUUUUUUAAAAACUCCUCACAAGAGGACCUCAUGUACUGUAUUUCACAAAAGUCAUUGGAAUGAAUGUCUGUCAAAGUGUGAAAAAUUAAACUGAACUGGAAAUUUUAACACCUUUAUUCUGUGGACUCUAAUGCAAGGUAAAGGUGUUAUGUGUCAAAAAUUCAUCAUUGGUGUUAAUCGUUCUGUUUUGAACAGGAUAAUUAAUUAGACUUGAUCUAUUUAAAUGGAAAGCUUACUCUUGUUUCAUAUGUUUAUCUUUGGUUAAUAUUCUUAUCAUUGGUUACUCCUAUUCAAUUCAAGCUUGUGAAUUAAGGUACACAGAAAUUGGAGAAAUUUAUGUCAAAGGAGAAUCAUUGUCGCAAUCAUAGGCAAAGAUAUUAUUAUCUUUGAGCAAUAGGGGUGAUAAUUGGAAAGAAAAAGUAUCAAAUGUACAUGUAUACAUUAUGUGUUGUGUGAUAAAUUUUGCCUCCACAUCAUGACACCUGACCUUUAUAUGUAAUGUGGUUGUAAUAACUAGGUCCUUUCAAUUUUAGUAACAGUGAUGUAAAACAUUAGGCAUUAAAAGUCUUUUCUGCUAUCAUGGAUUGUUAAUGUGCAUCAUAGUUUGUUGUCUUAUUUUUAAGAUUGCUCUCGUCUCAGGUAGUAUAAAAGGCUUUUUGAAGGUUCGAAGUAUAUCUCAAAACCUUUCCUGGAUGAAUGUUUCAAAAAUUGUUCUUUUAUAUAGUGGAAUGC